GAAGCACUUAGAACACGAGAUUGCAGAGUGAAAUCAGAAAGGGUGAAGAAUAGCCAUGGAAGUCGAGGCAUCGAGGAAGAUGGUCCUGAUGGUCACGGCGGUGCUGAUGUUCUCGACCUUUGUUGCUGAGAUAAGUGCCGAGGAUGCUGCGGCUUGUGAGAGAGAGUGCGUAAAUAUCUGUUCAGGCACUGAGAACCCACUCUCUUGCUAUGCCACAUGCGCUAGAAGCUGUCGGGGGAGUGAUGGGGCUGUGCCGCCGGAAUUGGGCCAUUGCAAGCUUGGUUGCUUGGCGUCGACGUGCUUCGAUCAACGUUCAGAUGGAAAGAAAGUCGAAGCAUACAAAGAGAAGGCUGAAGCUUGUGUGACCUCAUGUUCGGAAAGUUGCCAAAAGUCUUAUGUACCACAUUAGGAUUGCAAAUUUGAAGGACGGAGGGAGAGAAAUGCAAUAAAUGUGUAAUUUCUUUUCUAGAAAUCUCUGAGUUGCUUAUAAAUCAUCCGCCAUUUAUUUA